UUGCGCUGCUCCAGAGCCUUCGGCCCCAGCCGCUGCCCGACCGCCUCCGGGCGGCGAGGGGAGCGAGACUCCGGGCAGGGCUGGGGCCUGGGAGCUCACGCCCCACUGCCCGCUUCCGCCCGGCUCUCUUCGAACCGAGAGCAGAGGCAGGGGCGCGCGCCAGCAACCCAGCGCCGGAGACCCCCUGUCCCUUGCCUGCCGAGAGCGGCAGGCUGCCUCCCUCUGUCGAGACUGUCCCGGAGCAGGCAGGAGUGGGCAGCAUGGAGGGGGAGCCCUCCCAGCCUUCCAACGGCAGCCAGCCCCCAAGGCAGAAUGGGAGUGAUGCUGAGGCCACCCCAGCUGCAAACUUCACCUUCUUCUCCUACUACCAGCACUCCUCCCCAGUGGCGGCCAUGUUCAUCGUGGCCUACGUGCUCAUCUUCCUCCUCUGCAUGGUGGGCAACGCCCUGGUCUGCUUCAUUGUGCUCAAGAACCGGCACAUGCGCACUGUCACCAACAUGUUUAUCCUCAAUCUGGCCGUCAGCGACCUGCUGGUGGGCAUCUUCUGCAUGCCCACCACCCUUGUGGACAACCUCAUCACUGGGUGGCCCUUCGACAACGCCACAUGCAAGAUGAGUGGCUUGGUGCAAGGCAUGUCAGUGUCAGCUUCUGUUUUCACACUGGUGGCCAUUGCCAUGGAAAGGUUCCGCUGCAUCGUGCACCCUUUCCGCGAGAAGCUGACCCUGCGGAAGGCGCUGCUCACCAUCGCGGUCAUCUGGGCCCUGGCCCUGCUUAUCAUGUGCCCCUCGGCUGUCACACUGACGGUCACGCGCGAGGAGCAUCACUUCAUGGUCGACGCCCGCAACCGCUCCUACCCGCUCUACUCGUGCUGGGAGGCCUGGCCCGAGAAGGGCAUGCGCAAGGUCUACACGGCGGUGCUCUUCUCGCACAUCUACCUGGCGCCGCUGGCGCUGAUCGUGGUCAUGUGA